AUGAAGUGGUUACUUAUUGCAUUCGCUUGCUUUCAACUCUCAGAGUGUUUGAUCAGAAUGCCGUUGCACAGGGGUAAAUCGGUCCGUGAUGUGCUGCAGGAACGUGGAUUGCUCAAGGACUUCCUGGAGAAACAUCCAUACAAUCCCUACUCCAAGUACGUGCGCCCGAUCCACGAGGAUUCAACCGAUGCCACUGAACCCAUGAUCAACUACCUGGACCUGUCCUAUUUUGGAACGAUUAGUAUCGGCACUCCGCCUCAGAGUUUCACCGUGAUAUUCGACACGGGCUCGUCCAACCUGUGGGUGCCAUCCGGUUACUGCUCCAGCCCACCAUGCCGGAAUCAUCGCAGGUUCGAUCCAAGUACAUCCUCAACAUUUCAGAUGUCGCAGAAAUACGUGUCCAUCCAGUACGGAACAGGCAGUAUGACUGGGGUACUCGGGUACGACACUGUCAGGGUGUCUGGCAUUGACAUAACUCACCAGGAGUUUGGUUUGAGCACCACCGAGCCCGGCACGUUCCUGUACUAUGCCAAGUUUGACGGGAUUCUGGGCUUGGCCUACCCGAGCAUCGCCUCGUCCGGAGCCACGACCGUCUUUGACAACAUGAUGGCCCAGCGCCUGGUGGACGAGCCCCUGUUUGCUUUCUACUUGACCAGAGAAGGCAGCCAGUCUGGGAGUGAGGUUGUGUUCGGUGGAGUCGACCCAAACCAUUACACCGGGCAGAUCCACUGGGUUCCUGUCACCAGGCAAGGCUACUGGCAAAUCCUCGUGGACAGCGUGAAGAUCAACGGGCAGGUGGUGGCGUGCCAAGACGGGUGCCAGGCCAUUGUCGACACGGGCACCUCCCUCCUCACCGGUCCCAGCUACGCCAUCGGCACAAUCCAACGCAUGAUCGGAGCGAGCCAGCAAUCCAAUGGCAUGGCCAUCGUGGACUGCAGGUAUCUCCCCCGCAUGCCUUACGUGACUUUCACCAUCAAUGGUGUUGACUUUCCCCUGCCACCAUCUGCCUACGUGCUCCAGGAAAGCUGCACCAGUGGCUUUGCCUCCAUGUCUUUGGGAGGAGGUGAGGAGCUGUGGAUUCUUGGCGAUGUCUUCAUUGGAGAAUAUUAUUCCAUCUUCGACAGGGGAACCAACCGCGUGGGUUUAGCGCGGGCUGCUUGA